GGUGCACGCGUCGAUUGGUCGGGCGAAACCCGGUCGAUGGCGAGAGGGGGCGCCGGGUCUUUCGCGAGGCUCGCGUAGUGCCGCUCUGACCACCGUCGCGGCUGGGUUUACCAUCGUUCCUGAUAAGAUAUCGCCGCGAUCGCUCGCACAAAGAUCUAUCGAUAUAUGUAAGACUAAUCACCCCUCCCCCGGGACGACACCGAGCCGCGAUCUCACGUCGUUAUCGAUCGCGCGAUUCCGGAGAUCGCGAGAUCUGGCUAAAUUCUGAAGGGGGCGAACGAUCGUACGGGGAGCGAUCACGAUGGGGAGGAUUAUUACGAUCGUGGAGGAGCGACGUGUGGUAUAAGGGUGCCUGGCCUAGGGCAUAGGUGCAGCAGGGCCUGCAUAGGGGAGAUCGCGGGGUCGUUACACCGAGGAGCCGACGCCGCCGGAGCGGUGCGUGGCACCCCAGGCGAGGGAUCGACGAGCUGAGGAGCGGCAGGGUAGUAGUGGUGAUACCCGUCGCGGGUGGUGUGCCAGCGAGUGGAUCGCAGUCGGACCGUGAAUGCGGCCGCGUUAACAAACCCCCCAGCCAUCAACAUCGCUUCGCGGCCGACAAUCCUCCCGAGAUAUCAGAGACGUCGCGAUGAGAAGACAGUCGUAUUGUCCGAGCACGAGCAGCGGAAAUGGCGUCGGCGAACCGCUGAUCGUCGUCGAGGAGAGCACCCUGGGCGAGGAAGACGCGGAGCGCUGCCGCGCGGAGUCGCCGCCGCGAUGCGUCGACCCGGACUCGCCAUCCUUGAAUCCCUAUUUGCUGUCGCCGUGGAGGGACGCCAGGAAGCACUCCUUGCCGACUCCGCAGUGCACAUCCGGGAUAACCGCAUCCCAGGUGCGACGGUUGAGCGAACGCGGCGGAGAAGGUUCCGGUCCAUCGGCGAGGGAGGCUGCUUUCCUGGCGACGCUUUCGCAGACGCCGGCACCGCAGGCUGGCGGCCGGCGACAUUCCGUCGUCACGAUUUCCAGGGUGCCGACCACCCUGUUCGGGCGCAAUCGUCGGGAAUCCAUCGCCGCGUUCCCCAUGGGAGGCGCUACCAGGAUAUUGCAGAGCCGACGGGACUCGUCCACCGGAAUGACCGGGCCGCCCAGCAACAGCGGGAGCACUCACAAUCUGCAGCUCGACAUCAUGGACGACAUCGCCGAGAUCAAGGCCAGAAAGGUCCGUUUGAAGAUGUACAAGACGCCGUCUCGCGAGCGGGUGUGUGAGAUUCAGCCUCUGGAGGGCAACAGCGGUUCCACCACGCAGAAAUACAUACAGCAUCAGAAACGUCGGUUCUCCGAUUUCUCGGCGUCGGUCGCGGCGUCGACGUCGGCCCUACGUAGACGCGCGUCCGAGAUGACGAGGCCGCUCUCCGAGAUCGAGAUAUCCGGCACGACGACGGCGGCGGGCAUCACGUGCUCCAACACGGAUCUGAUAUCCAUCUUGAGCUCCCUGACGUCGUCCGCGACGGAGAUAAACACGUGCGGCGCGUCGGAAGCGUCGGGCGCGACAAAGGACGAGCAGAAAUCGCAGAGCUGGACCGCCAAAACGUCGGCGGAGCAGAGACGCAGCCGACUCAAGAGCUCACGAUCCAAUAGCUUUGACGUCUCCAUUCUGCACAGCACAAAGAGCAAGACGCCGUCCAGCAGCAGCGGCGGCAAGAGCACCAUCGGCACGCUAAUAGCGCCGAGCAACUGGUUCACCAAGAGGCAUCAGCCGAUCUCGAAGAAGAACCGAUACGAUGAGGAGAGCGCGAUGCCGUUUAAGCUGGACAAGUCGCGGGUGAUCAAAACCGUCAAAAACACCCUCGCGAAGAACGUGGAUACCAGGCACAAGGUUCUCUGGGACGACAGCAGCGGUACCAAGGUGGACGCUCAGGUGCUCGGUAAUGCCAUCGAGAAGAUCCUCACCUCGGCCCACCGGGGAAGCGACGCGGAAGCGUCGGGCAACACAUCCGGAAAGCCAUCCGUGUCGCCGAACAAAUCGCGCCCCAGCAAGGUCGCCAGUCGUUGGUUCACGAGCGGGAACAACCAGGAGCAGGAGCAACAGGACUGCGACUCGAUCUGCGCCACCCUCAAGGACCUCUUCGUCAAGUAGUGCACCCGCCGCCCGGAAUCGUCCCUCGCAAUUACGAUGAUUCGUAUGUUUUCGUUUGUAAACAAGAUCCAUCAGGGAUCGACAGUACGAGCUAUUUGUCGCACUGCCGCUAUUUACAUUUACUUUGUUUCCUUUUUUUUUUUCCGUCCGAAUAAAUUUUAUAUCCGCUGAGCUAACUCUCGUGCAAAUCUGGAGGAGAUCUGUCGGGGGGGGGGGGGUGGCUCUUCUUGUUUACCCUCUUCGAAUCGAGAAGCGGUUGGACGCGAGAAAAAGAUCGGAAAACGAGAGAGAGAGAGUGCAAAGAGAAGAUCCCGGCGGAAGAUUACGGGUUUUACUCCGGGAUAUAUUGCUAUUCCGAUUUCUUUUACGUACUUCCUCAUACGUAAUUCAACACUCGCGUGUAUAUCUAUCGUGUGGAAAACACGUUUAGGUGCAGUUUGCAGUUUCCUUAUUCGAAUUCUUAAGUCAUCUCGAGGAUGAACAAUGAACGAAUGAACGGGAUAAAGUUUUUUUCAAAUUUCUGAGAAUUUUGUUCUACGGACGUGAAAAAUUUUUUUAUAAUCAA